UGUCAUUUGGCUCUGCGGAUGUGCCCGAUGUGAGCAGCUCAGGCCCCACACAGCACGGAAGCCCCCAGGCCUAUGUAGCGGGAGCACCUGGAGGGGCGGAGCCUAUGAUAAGCAGCCUGACAUGGAAUGACACAUUCGCAUCACCGGGAAAGGGGGGAGCAAAUGGCUUCUAGUGUGUCACUGCCAUAGCGGGACGCGACAUCCCUGGAUUGCUGCUAUUGCGCCAGCCUCGGCUCCUGCGCCCCGGGUUUCCCUCGAUAUGGAGCACAUCAGGCUUCCCAAGGUUGAAAAUGUCCGUUUACUUGACCGUAUAUCCUCCAGGAAAGCUGCAUUGGGGACCUUAUAUCUGACAGGAACCCACAUCAUUUUUGUGGAAAAUAUAUCUGAAACACGUAAAGAAACUUGGAUCCUUUACAGCCAGAUCUCUUCUAUUGAAAAACAAGCAACUGCAACCAGUGGCUGUCCCAUACUUAUCCACUGCAAAAAUUUCCAGGUUAUACAGCUCAUUAUCCCUCAGGAACGAGAUUGCCAUGACAUUUAUUUAUCCUUGGUACGACUGUCAAGGCCAGUUAAAUAUGAGGAGCUCUAUUGCUUUUCUUUCAAACCAAAUUUGGACAAGACAGAGCAUGAAGAAGGUUGGAAGCUGGUUGACUUGAAUGAAGAAUACAAUCGCAUGGGUCUUCCAAAAAGUCUCUGGCAGAUGAGUGAUGUAAAUCGCGAUUACAGAGUAUGUGAUUCAUACCCUACAGAGCUCUAUGUUCCCAAAUCUGCCACUGUGCCAAUUAUCGUUGGCAGCUCAAAAUUCCGGAGCAGGGGAAGAUUUCCCACACUUUCAUAUUACUGCCAAGAUAACAAUGCUUCUAUUUGUCGAAGUAGUCAGCCAUUAUCUGGCUUCAGUGCGCGGUGCCUUGAGGAUGAACAGAUGCUACAGGCUAUACGGAAGGCAAAUCCUGGAAGUGAUUUCCUUUAUGUUGUUGAUACACGACCAAAGCUCAAUGCAAUGGCAAACAGAGCAGCAGGGAAAGGAUACGAGAAUGAAGACAACUACUCCGAUAUCAAAUUUCAGUUUAUUGGCAUAGAAAACAUCCACGUCAUGAGGAACAGCCUGCAAAAAAUGUUGGAAGUUUGCGAGCUUCGAUCUCCUUCUAUGGGAGACUUUCUUUGGGGACUGGAAUCAUCUGGUUGGCUAAAGCACAUCAAAGCAAUUAUUGAUGCUGGGAUUUUCAUUGCAAAGGCUGUGUCAGAAGAAGGAGCCAGUGUUCUUGUCCAUUGCUCAGAUGGAUGGGACCGGACAGCCCAGGUUUGCUCUAUUGCCAGUCUUCUAAUUGAUCCUUAUUACAGAACCAUAAAAGGAUUCAUGGUUUUAAUUGAAAAGGACUGGAUUUCAUUUGGUCAUAAAUUCAAUCACAGGUAUGGAAAUUUGGAUGGUGACCCAAAAGAAGUAUCUCCAGUAAUCGAUCAGUUUAUAGAGUGUGUUUGGCAACUGAUGGAACAGUUCCCGUGUGCAUUUGAGUUUAAUGAGAGGUUUCUGGUUCACAUUCAUCAUCAUGUUUACUCCUGCCAAUAUGGCAACUUCCUAUGCAACUGCCAAAAGGAGAGGAGGGAAAUUAGAGUCCAAGAAAGAACCUACUCACUUUGGUCGUACUUGUGGAAGCAGCGCCUGGACUAUAUGAACCCACUGUACCGAGCAGAUCACAGUCAGACGCAGGGCACCCUGAGGCCAAACACUUCCCCCUCCAAUUUCAAAUUCUGGAGGGGUCUCUACAAUCGAUUUGAGAAAGGCAUGCAACCUCGCCAGUCUGUGACUGACUUCCUCCAGGCAGUAAAAGAAGAGACACAACAACUAGAGGAGGAACUGGAGUUCAUGCAAAAGAGAUGGCAAAAAUUUGAGAGCCAGCAUUUAAAUGGCACAAAGAGCUUUAAUGAAAUCCAUGAAAGCGACAAAUUGCAGAUCUGUGCUACUGCUUACACCUCUGCUAACAGUCCCCAGGAUUAUAGCAGCACCCUCAAAUCCUUUCCCUCCCGCAGCCCCUCACAGGGUGAAGAGGAUUCUGCCCUCAUCCUUACUCAGGAACACUUGAAGAGCUCAGAUCCAGAUCUGUCUGCAAACAGUGACCAAGAAUCAGGCGUGGAGGAUUUAAGUUGUAGGUCACCAAGUGGAGGUGAUUCAUUACCAAGUGAAGACAGUGGCAAAGACCCGGAUUCAGAUGAAGCCAUGUUCCUGAAUGCUUAAGCCCAGUUAUAGGAGUGGCAUUGUCUGGGUGCAGUAACUGCCCAACAGGCACACAGUGUGCAGUAUGAGGGGCUUACUGUGUUCAGCCUCAAGAUAAAAGAUCAUUUUUUGAAAUGACAUUUAGAACCACAUAAGGGAAAUAUUUAUUCUAAAAUACAGUAGGUAGAAGAAACUGGCAAGAAGAGUAAAUAUGCAAGUGCAGUGACUGUGGCAUGCAAAUCCUCAUCUAGUUUCAUGGAGUAGAUCAGACAAGGUCAGUGAUGUUUUGCAGGCACAGAAAUCUCAUGUGCUAUAAAUCUCAUGUGAUUCACACCUACAUCCCUACCCAUGUGUAUUGCUGCACAUCUUUUCUUCUCUACUUCUGUAUUUAUGCCAGGAAUGAUGGACAUUUGGACAUUCCCAAAGGAAAUUGCUUGAACCAAAUUCACUUGCUUUAAUUCUGGGCUGAGAUUCUGUAAAAUGACUAUUCUGCUAUUGGUUAACUAGAUUUUAAUAAUAUAUUUGGGAAUUCUUGUGCCACAUUUAAUAAAUAGUAAGUUGCAGGGUAUUCAGCCCUAUUUUCAAUUAUUUCAGCUUUCAAUAUUCUGACUCUAAUUUUUACAUUUAUUUUUUGUGGCAUUAAAUGGGCAGAUUCUGAACUGCUCCUGGAUUAUUCAUGGUUAGCGUGUAAUUGGUAUCUGCUGCAAUACCUGGUGGAGGGGAUGUCAAGGACCUAAAGGGACAGGAUUGCACAGGUGGAAGGACCAAAAAAAGGUAAAUUUACACAGGAAUUGGGGCAGGCCAGGGGAGGAAGGAGAUGGUGUUAGAAAUUUACUGGCAAGUACAUUGCUGGUAAGUUGUAAUGUCGGCCUCGACCUUGGCUGGUAUUUUAUCAACUAGGCCAGUAAAAUACUGACCAGGUACCAUAUUGGUACGGGGGCUCAAGCUAAAGGCAAGUGAGGGUGAAAACUGGGGCUGUUUACUUUCUUAGAUACACCUGAAAGCCCAGCUUGAAGGUAAGAUUUGGGAUGAAUAUUUAUUUGCUGUCUUAGAUAUUCAUAAAACUGAUACAUAGAUAUUUUCCUGUAUCUGUACUCAAUGAAAUAGUGGGGGACCUGACCAAAAACUGGGUUUGACAGCCACUGCCUAUGGAGUAGUUAGAUGCCUAUACCUGCUGGUUGUUGUUCCCAUUGCAAGUUAAGUAUAUGUUUGUGAUAGAAUUGGCUUUUCUACAUUAUAAUGUUGCAUUCCCACAUGUGUAGAGUGGCAGAAAAUAAUAGCUCACCUGGCUGCAGUGCUUAUAUAUUCCCUGACCAUAUGCACUGGCUUACACCAUAUAGUACAGUUUAUAUCUUUCCAUGUAGGCAGAACUUUCUCUGCUCCUUUCUGGGAUUCCAGCUCCUCAUCUGUUUCAGUUUCUAUAGUGCAGUCACUGAGACUAUGCUGGCUUCAGAUUUGUCUGCCUAUGGCUCUAUAUGGUUAACUACUUUUAGUCACUAGCAAAUUGUGAUUUUCCUAGAAAUGUUUAUUAGGUUCAUCCAGGCUGUUGCAUUCCGUUUGUUUUUUGCAUAUUAUUUGCAUUUGUUGUUACAAGGGGACCGUCUUUAGAGAGUUUGAAAGAAGAGCUGACAUUGUUUACUGGCCACACGGAGGGGGAUGUAAUGAUGUGUAUAUGAGUGUUUGGCAGUUCUGUUCAAUCCUGCAAACACUACAGUGUAUUUAUUAGCUAUAUGUAUGAAGUAAUUAGCAAUUUUUAUCCUACCUGUCUAUGAAUCUGCCCCUUGUACCAUUCUCAGUAAAGGAUUUUUGGAACCUAAUACUUUUUUAAUAGCCACUUGCGCUGCUAUGAGCUGCAUUGUGUGAGCUGCAGCUACACCAGGAUGCUUGGGUAUAGGGUUAGGUCUCCCUGAUAUAUAUCACAGCCUGAGUGCCAAGUGCUGCAUUAAUCCCAGUAGUAUCAACAACCAUGUGUCUGUAUUAAUAUCGGGAAAUGGGCUGCUUCUUAGGCAGAUUCCCCUGUGGUUAUUUCCAGUGGGGUACAGAGUUUUGCAAGGCCCCCUGGCAAAAAGGUCCCCUCUUCCCCUGAUAGGCUCAGGCAGGCAGAAAGAAUGGAGAACCGUACAGCUCACAGGCAUAAGGGAGAGGUCGGGGGGAAUGUGGGUUCUUACUGAGCUGGCCCUACUUCUCCCCGGCCCCCCCCUCCAAGGUCUCAGGGUCUGCUGUAUAGCAGUUACACCACUGGUUAGAAGCAUUCCAAAGACUUUUAUAAUACUUGCUACUUUCAGUUAGUGCAUUUAAAGGGGUGUGAGGGAACAUAGACAAAGUCCCAUGUUAUGGCACAAAGCAAUACCUAGUUAGGCAUAUUGUAAGUAGGGUUGCCACCUCACCCUUUAAUAGUGGCCAUAUAUUGAGUACACAACCUGCAUGACUAAUUUAGAUGCAUGCUGCAUGGCUGCGCAAAAAUGAAUUCAGUCUGCAACAAGCAGACUAAAUUAAUUGCUAAGUAGCCAUGCAGGAGGUCUAUUCAACUGGUGGAUGUUUUGAAGGGGUGAUGUGGCAACCCUAAUUAUAAGGCAUAUUACAUCAUGUACUAAUAUUUGCCUGGUUUUAGACAUAACUGCUGUGUGGUAUAACUAAGUAGGUAUCGCCCAGAGUUCUCCAGUGUUAAUGCACUCAUAUAUCCAACAUAUAACCCAAAGAAUAUCUUGGGUCGGAGUCAGACAUUUUGCUGCUUGCACCCACCGUUCUAUGCCCAGUCUCAACCCCAUCUUGACCCUGCCUAAGGUUGAGAAGAGACUUGAAGGUCCAAGCUACCCCAUCAGCAGAUGUCAGAGAUGAGGUUAGAGGGGGUGGGCUCCAGGGACCACUAUCGCACCAAAGGGAUUGGGAGCCCCGUUGUAGCAUUGUCAGCUGUGGCUUGAAAUAGCUUACGCCCGACCUGUCCCAUACCUGUCUGACCCCUGGGUUUCUAGCCAGUCCAUGGAUCUCUGCUUAUCAGCAGACACUAGCAGGGAACCUAAAAGUACUAAAGAAUGGCAUGAAUAAAGAUGGUUUUAGUUUCCAGCCAUGCAUGCCCAUUUAGUUUAGGCUAUGUACUUAAAGGGGGCAUAUACCCUAUGUAUAACGAAGAGUAAAAUUGCUUGGUGCUCUUCUGAGCACUUUUUCAAUUUACACUAUUUUGUUUUUAUACAUUUGAUGAUAUUAGCAGUAUUUAUAUCCGAACGUUCCAUGGGGAUAGGCCUGGGCGAGAGACAGGUAGAAGGGUGUAAAGCCUCCUUCCUUUCCCUGCUCAGUUCUAUCAGUCACACUGAGCAAACAAAAUAAUCAUGUCAAUUUCAGAAGUGCUCAAACAACAUUCUGUGCAAUUUUAUGUGGUUAAACAUUAGGGUGUAUACCUUCUCUGAGUGAGUGAGUACAGAAUAAUCAGCCACAAUGGGUGCCUGUAAAAUUCUUAUUCACAGUAGAACUGGAGGGUGGGGGUAACAGAACAUUCAGUUGCCAUCUUGUUAUUUUUUGCAUAGGCUUUAAACAACAGGUUUUAUCUAUAUACUGUCUUAUGUGUUAAAUAAAGAUCAUGUCCUUGUACUGUAUAUAUUGUUUUGUGAAUAUAAUAUAUAUAAGUGAGAAUAUAUCAAGUGCUAAAUAUUCAAUAGAAUGUCAUAUUCUGUAUGUUAAGGAUCCCAGGUGUAUUUAUUUUAGAUGUGUAUUUGGACCAGUGUAAAUAUGUAUAUAGUAGAAACUGUCAGUGCACCUUUCUGUGUAUAAUAAAGAGCCAAUUUCUUCUCCAAA